AGCUCCGACGGCGACGGACAAGGCACCACAAGACAGACCUUCACCCGCCACCACCCCAAUCCUCACCACAGAUAAACCGCCAAUAUGGGUAAUCAACAGUCAGGCCUGCUCGACAACAUAGCCUCCGGUUCGAAUUUCGACCGCGAGGAAGUAGACCGCCUGCGAAAGCGUUUUAUGAAGUUGGACAAGGACAACUCCGGUACCAUUGAGCGCGACGAGUUCCUAGCCCUUCCCCAAAUCUCCUCCAACCCUCUUGCAACACGCAUGAUCGCCAUCUUCGACGAGGAUGGUGGCGGCGACGUCGACUUUCAAGAAUUCGUCUCUGGCCUCUCAGCCUUCAGUAGCAAGGGCAACAAAGAGGAGAAGCUACGGUUCGCAUUCCGCGUAUACGACAUUGACCGCGACGGCUACAUCAGCAACGGCGAGCUCUUCAUAGUACUGAAGAUGAUGGUUGGAAGCAACUUGAAGGAUCAACAGCUGCAGCAGAUUGUCGACAAGACCAUAAUGGAGGCCGACCUGGACCGCGACGGCAAAAUUAGUUUCGAGGAGUUCACCAAGAUGGUCGAGAACACGGAUGUAUCUAUGAGCAUGACUUUGGACCAGUUCUAGUUAUUACCCAAUUACGAAUGCAACGGCAUCUACAGGCACGAGGGUUUCCUUGGCGGGGCGUUCAUGGUGUUGCGGGCACACUGUGGAAUGGGCUUGACAGUCUUCGAUAUUAUCAAUUCGCGAUUGAUUCACCUCAUCACGUAUACAUGAGGGUUGCGUACCUUGCCCAAGGGGGGGUUCCACCAAUCGACCCAAGCAUAACUCGGCACUGCUGCUCUAUCAUUCUUCAUACCUAACCUUCGCAGGGCCCCACCCUCUACUUGUUUUCCAUCCCCUAUCACCUGCAGGCCGCUGAUCGAUAUACUCUCUCAAACAUAUACAUCAUAUCAGCCCAUCUACAUGUCCCACCUAUUAAAAGCCCCUCUUGAACCCAGGCAUCCCACAAGCAGCAUACAUUGCAAUAAACAAAUGUAUUCCAGCCGCCACGCAAAGCGCCGCACCCUCCCAGCUCCCCGCCUGAAUUAUCACCUCUCCUUCCCCACCACCAACCGCCUGAUGCCCCAGCAAAAUACCUAUCUCAUGCAGUGCCUUUGCACUCGUCAACGCACACAGCGCACCCGCCACACCCAGCGCGGCACUUGUCGCCAACAGCAUCUUGGACGCUUUCGCAUUUCUGCCGCCGCGAUUAUGGAAAAUGCAAUAGUAGACCAGCGAGACUAGGUACAUAGGUGCGGCGAGCCCAGGUAUCGGAAUCAAAGAAGACUUUUGGAGAAUCAGUGCCGAUGCGAAAACAGGGUGCGACAUUGAUAUAUCAGAGAGACCCAGUGGUGAAUCACUAGGGAAACAUUCCAGUGCUGCGGGAACGGCGUCUUCGCUUGGUU